AUAAGUACAUUAAUUUUAAUCAGUUAUAGAGCUCAUUGAACUCAACAACUUUUCUUAGUAGAGUUUUGUCAAGAACUUUUUAAUUAUCAAGUUAAAAAUUGUUAAAGUUAUACCCCAAUUAAGGUUACCCGCCCAUGCAUCCUCAGUUACCCAUGGACACUAAUAGUUAUUAUAAUUAAUAAUUUAUGGUCAAAAACAGUUACUAGGAUACAUAUUUUCCUAAUCUUGUCAAUGUGACAAACAUUUAGAGAGAAUUGAAAAUCCUGCUCCCUAAUGGCGUACGGAAUUUCAACAGCCCAAAUGUGGGUGUUGAACACCUUCCCUCGUGUAACCGACCUCAUCAGUUGAUGGUAUAAGAGAUACAAAAUUUGCUUGUUCGUUUAUUUUUCUAUUAACCCGCUCACAAAAGUUUUGCCUACGUGGUAAGUCUGUUAGUUUCAAUAACUGAACUUUCUGGUCCUGAAAGGGGUACAUUUGUUCUCUGAGUAUCCUCCAAAUACUACUCUCCGAUACAUCACACUAGACAGUGAUACGUGCUAGUGCCCGGUCGAGCUUCGACACUCUUCAAAACAGCCUCUUCAAUAUUAGCAAUUCUAUUACUACGUAACUUACCCCGAUCCUGAGAUGCAGGUUUAAAAGAUCCGUACUCUCGAAAAUGCUGCAACGUUCUUAAAACUGCGCACAUUUGGCAGACGAUUUGGGAGGUUUUCUGAAAAAAUUCCUUGGGCGCGAGUGCCGUUUCCCCGAGCUUCACCGUACGUUAAAACGAUAUCGGUGCAUUCCAGAUUUGAAAACAAAGCCAUUUCAACACAUUUCGUCUAUAAAUUAGAAGUCUGUGCCAAACAAACUUUAAAGAGACAACGUUUAAUAAAAACAUUGACAUAAAAAUGAUUGUCAGUGCCAAAACGGUUGCUACCGUACCUUCUUCAUUGUUGUAGUGUUGCUAUUAUUUAAGUUAUUAUUUAAGGUGAACAUAGACGGCUCGUGAAUAUAUGGGUGGGAAAAUUCGAAAUUCGACUUGAGUUUUCGAAAAAAUGCUAGAUAAAAAAGUUGUUCCGUUUCACGGGUUCUGCUACUGGUUAAAAUUAAUGUACUUAUUUCUGAGACACCCUGUAUAGUACCAAAAUCAAAUCCAUAUCUGUUUGCCAAUCCAGGCUCUGAAAACAAAUGGAUGGCAGGGUAUCACGUUAUUAGAAAAUUAGCAACCGGCUGUGGUGCUACAAACCCAUCUCUUUUAAGUUCCACAAGAUUCAGAAAACAUAUAGCAACCACAUUGCAGCUCAUGACAAUGGACGAAAACGAAAUGGAACAAAUAGCCACCUUCAUGGGGCAUACAAAAAAAACCCACACCGAAUUUUACAGGUUACCCCAAGAUAUUUUUCAAACUGCAAAGGUGGCCAAAGUAUUAAUGUUGUUAGAAAAAGGCAGAGGAAGACAAUUUGUAGGAAAAAGCCUCGAUGAAAUAGAAAUAGACAACGAUAUGUAUUUAAGUUCUGACGACGAAGACUGUUUUCAUAAUACAGCUAGUUUUGAAAAUGUUGAAAGUGAAGAAUUUUCACAGGUUGGGCUGGAAAAUGCAGAAUGCACGGAGAGCACUUCUCAACUUAAUGCUGAACCAGGUCCUUCAAGCAUGGAACCUGCAGUUAAAAAAGGAGGGAAGAAAAUAAAACCAUGUGGCCGCGUUCGUUGGACAGAAACUGAAAAGAAAAUUGUUACAGAUUACUUCAAGCUGCAUAUUCAAAAGAAAAUCACACCAAAAAAACAUGAAUGUGAUGAACUGCUAGCUAAGCAUGCUGAUGUUUUUGUAAACAAGGAUUGGGUGCGCAUUAAAACUUUUGUGUACAAUGUGUUUAGACAAAAGUAAAAAUCUAGUUCUUUAAUAAAA